AUGGCGAAUUUCACACCGGUCAACGGCAGCUCGGGCAACCAGUCUGUGCAUCUGGUCACAUCAAGCCACAGCCGCUAUGAGACAGUGGAGAUGGUAUUCAUCGCCACGGUGACAGGCUCGCUGAGCCUGGUGACUGUGGUGGGCAACAUCCUGGUGAUGCUGUCCAUCAAGGUCAACAGGCAGCUGCAGACGGUCAACAACUACUUCCUCUUCAGCCUGGCGUGUGCUGACCUCAUCAUCGGCGCCUUCUCCAUGAACCUCUACACCGUGUACAUCAUCAAGGGCUACUGGCCUCUGGGCGCUGUGGUCUGUGACCUGUGGCUGGCCCUGGACUAUGUGGUGAGCAACGCCUCUGUCAUGAACCUGCUCAUUAUCAGCUUUGACCGGUACUUCUGCGUCACCAAGCCCCUCACCUACCCAGCCCGGCGCACCACCAAGAUGGCGGGCCUCAUGAUCGCUGCUGCCUGGGUCCUGUCCUUUGUGCUCUGGGCACCUGCCAUCUUAUUCUGGCAGUUUGUGGUGGGCAAGCGGACAGUGCCGGACAACCAGUGCUUCAUCCAGUUCCUGUCCAACCCAGCGGUGACCUUUGGCACCGCCAUCGCCGCCUUCUACCUGCCCGUGGUCAUCAUGACUGUGCUCUACAUUCACAUCUCCUUGGCCAGCCGCAGCCGAGUUCACAAGCACCGGCCCGAAGGCCCUAAGGAGAAGAAGGCCAAGACCCUGGCCUUCCUCAAGAGCCCCCUGAUGAAGCAGAGUGUCAAGAAAGCCCCGCCAGGAGAAGCUGAGCGAGAGCAGCUGCGCAACGGGAAGCUGGAGGAGGCCCCGCCACCCGUCCUGCCACCCCCGCCUCGCCCAGUGGCCGACAAGGACACUUCCAAUGAGUCCAGCUCAGGCAGUGCCACCCAGAACACCAAGGAACGACCACCCACAGAGCUGUCAACCACAGAGACCACCGCACCCGCCACGCCUGCCCCUCGCCUACAGCCACGGUCUCUCAACCCAGCCUCCAAAUGGUCCAAGAUCCAGAUUGUGACGAAGCACACAGGCAACGAGUGUGUGACAGCCAUCGAGAUUGUGCCUGCCACACCAGCUGGCAUGCGCCCAGCAGCCAACGUGGCCCGCAAAUUUGCCAGCAUUGCCCGCAACCAGGUGCGCAAGAAGCGGCAGAUGGCAGCCCGGGAGCGCAAGGUGACACGGACCAUCUUUGCAAUUCUGUUGGCCUUCAUCCUCACCUGGACACCCUACAAUGUCAUGGUCCUGGUGAACACCUUCUGCGAAAGCUGCGUCCCUGAAACGGUGUGGUCCAUUGGCUACUGGCUCUGCUACGUCAACAGCACCAUCAACCCUGCCUGCUAUGCCCUCUGCAACGCCACCUUUAAAAAGACCUUCAGGCACCUGCUGCUGUGCCAGUAUCGGAACAUUGGCACUGCCAGGUAG